UUCAGUUCUAAAACAGUAAAUGAUUUCCUCAGAACCGGUUUUAAAUAAAUAAAGAUAUUAAACUCAAGAGACAAUAGGACAUAAAAAGUAUAUGGUUUAAUCCCAAAAAUUAACAUCCGUCAGCUAUAUAUAUAAGACUUUAUUCUUCCCUCAGGGCAAUUCGUUUAUAGUACAAAUGGGUGUAGUAAAUGGAUCACUGAAAGCAGUACUUACCUGGCAGAAGGCAGACCAGAAAUGCUUACCUCAUUACCAGUAUCAGCCUUUUCCUCAGUUCCUCUUGCAAAACCAAGGAAGAGGGGGACUGCUUCUAGAGCUAAAUGCUAUACCUACAGGUCUUGUUCGUGGAGAAGUGUCAGCAGAGGCCUACUGGUGGACAGACGCACAGUUUCUACCUUACAAUGAUGGACAGAUGUUGACUACAGCAACAGCUUACCUGUCACACCCUCUUCGAGCCUGGGUCAGGGUCAGAAACGUGCCUGCAGGUCGCAUUGUUCUGCAUAGGCUUCAAACAUCCACUGUUAGGUCAGAAGUGUUGAAGGGUACUCAGAGCACGGUCUACCCGAAGGUUCAGCCGCACCCACUAGGCGAGGCAGUGAGUUUUGCUGGGGCUGGAGAGCUCAACAUCGUGAGUCUGCGCAGUGAGCCGUUGUACACCCUGAUGAGAGAUGGCAACAACCGCGCUCACUGCUUCUGCGCCAUCUCCUCCAACGGUCUGCAUCUGGCGGUCCUCUCCAAGUCCCUCGGCUUCUACUUCCUCGAGAUUUUCCUGCUCGACUUCCGCUUACUGCAGCAUACAAAGGCAGUGGAGUGCCACAAGCUCUGCAAGGACUUCAAGUGCAGCAGCUCGCACAAUGACCAUGCCGAGUGCAAGUGGUCCCCUGAUGGCAGUCACCUGGCCCUCAGCUCCUCCGCUGGCCUGCUCCUCCUCGUGCACAAGAUGCACGUGCAGAAGGUGCGCAACGUGUGCCCCGACCUGCUGCACGUCAACCUCAGCACUGCGGCGUCCUACGACUUUGACCCCCGCCACAGGUUUUCCCGCCUGGCCAUAGGGUCAGUGGAUGGCCAGCUGAGCCUGGUCAGUGCUGACUGCCAUGACAACCUGAGCCUGAAGGCGGUGCUACACCAGCGAGCCACAGGCAAGACGAUGGACUGCGUGCAGUACAGUCCUGAUGGCGCUGCCCUCGCUGUCUCGUUUCGAAAUUUUUCUGUGAAGGUCUACGACAGCACCGACCUGACUGUGGUGCACAAGAUCUGCAUGGCGGACUUGUGUUCUUGGCUGCUUCCUCGCGUUGCCAGCGGCCCAGACCCGGCCAUCAUGCGGCUGAGCUUCACGAACGAUGGCUGUUGCUUAGCAACCAGCUCUUGUGAUGGCAAAGUCCGAGUCUGGGCAGUUCCGCGACUGCUGACACUACAGGAAAGCUGUCGUAAAGCGAUUAUCAGCCGCAUUCCUGUCUGGGAAAUUAGGAAAUGGGGACUGCCACAGAAAAUGCUGGCCUUUCUCCUUCAGGACUAUGUCUGAUACUUAAUUUCUCCCCUCUCUGUUUAAUCGCAUGCCAUGUGUAUCGAGUGGGAGGGAACAUCAAAGUGCCGCCUACUUGCAGCACCUGACACGUGAGUGUUGUGAGCCAGCACCGCGUAUGGUGGUGAAGAAAGUCGCACACAUUGGAGAGACAGAGUUCACGGCAAGCUGACGGAAUGUCAGAAGCUAUUGUGCUAUAGUAUAUCUACUCCAUGACUGUAAACAGUUACUUUAGUGUGUUCUAUAGUAUAUCUACUCCAUGACUGUAAACAGUUACAUGUGUGUUCUAUAGUAUAUCUACUCCAUGACUGUAAACAGUUACUAUAGUGUGUUCUAUAGUAUAUCUACUCCAUGACUGUAAACAGUUACAUGUGUGUUCUAUAGUAUAUCUACUCCAUGACUGUAAACAGUUACAUGUGUGUGCUAUAGUAUAUCUACUCCAUGACUGUAAAGAGUUACAUGUGCUAUAGUAUAUCUACUCCAUGACUGUAAACAGUUACAUGUGUGUGCUACAGUAUAUCUACUCCAUCACUGUAAACAGUUACAUGUGUGUUCUAUAGUAUAUCUACUCCAUGACUGUAAACAGUUACUAUGUGUGUGCUAUAGUAUAUCUACUCCAUGACUGUAAACAGUUACUAUAGUGUGUGCUAUAGUAUAUCUACUCCAUGACUGUAAACAGUUACUUUAGUGUGUUCUAUAGUAUAUCUACUCCAUGACUGUAAAGAGUUACAUGUGCUAUAGUAUAUCUACUCCAUGACUGUAAACAGUUACAUGUGUGUGCUAUAGUAUAUCUACUCCAUGACUGUAAAGAGUUACAUGUGCUAUAGUAUAUCUACUCCAUGACUGUAAACAGUUACAUGUGUGUGCUAUAGUAUAUCUACUCCAUGACUGUAAACAGUUACAUGUGUGUGCUAUAGUAUAUCUACUCCAUGACUGUAAAGAGUUACAUGUGCUAUAGUAUAUCUACUCCAUGACUGUAAACAGUUACAUGUGUGUGCUACAGUAUAUCUACUCCAUGACUGUAAACAGUUACUAUAGUGUGUGCUAUAGUAUAUCUACUCCAUGACUGUAAACAGUUACUAUAGUGUGUGCUAUAGUAUAUCUACUCCAUGACUGUAAACAGUUACAUGUGUGUUCUAUAGUAUAUCUACUCCAUCACUGUAAACAGUUACAUGUGUGUCCUAUAGUAUACCUACUCCAUCACUGUAAACAGUUACAUGUGUGUGCUAUAGUAUACCUACUCCAUGACUGUAAACAGUUACAUGUGCUAUAGUAUAUCUACUCCAUGACUGUAAACAGUUACAUGUGUGUGCUAUAGUAUAUCUACUCCAUGACUGUAAACAGUUACAUGUGCUAUAGUAUAUCUACUCCAUGACUGUAAACAGUUACAUGUGUGUGCUAUUGUAUAUCUACUUCAUGACUGUAAACAGUUACAUGAGCUAUAGUAUAUCUACUCCAUGACUGUAAACAGUUACAUGUGUGUGCUAUAGUAUAUCUACUCCAUGACUGUAAACAGUUACAUGUGCUAUUGUAUAUCUACAAUAACCCUAUUACCAUGGAAGAACUAGUGCAGGCAGUACAAUCUCUGAAGACAAGUAAAGCAGCAGUGCCAGAUGUGUUGAUAUAAGAACUUUUUUAAACGUACUAUCUCCCAUUUUUGGGGUCUCCUUUUUUAAUUACAUAUUUAAUCAUGGAAAAUUUCCUGAUGCAUGGACUGAAGCCAUUAUUCAUCGCUUGCAAAAGAAGAGUGAUGUUAAUCAACCGGAAACUUGCCAUGGUAUUUCUCUUCUAAACAUCUGAAGUUCCAUUCUCAACAAACGCAUUAAUGGCUGGAUUGAUGAAAACAAUGUAGCAGGCGAGGAACAAGCUGGUUUCAGGGAAAAAACAUAGCCCAGUAGACCACAUAUUUACUCUAUGGCACUGAUACAGAAGCCAUUCAUCAGGCACAAAAAACUCUAUGUAGCUUACAUUGACUUUCAUAAAGCCUUUGACUCUGUAACGAGAAAAAACUGACAACUACUCCAGAAGAAUGGUAUGCAUGGAAACAUGUACAGAGUCAUCAAAGCUAUGUAUGAAUUUGUUAAAGCUAGAGCGAGAGUUGGUGGAGAAGUGUCUUAAUUGUCCUAGAGGCCUUAAACAAGGAGAAAUUUGUAGUCCUGCUUUGUUUUCCUUGUUUAUAAAUGAAUUAACUAAUUGAAUACGACAGAAAGGUAUUCACGACAUUCAGCUUUCGUCUGAUUUGAUAAAGUUGAUUAUUUCAUUGUUUGCUGACGAUAUUGCAUUAGUGACCAAUAUGAUAAUUCAAACUUAUAAUAUCAGACACCAGAACUAAUAUUUCUACCCCUAUAGCCGCUGCUAUCUACAAAGCAUUAGAUUGGAGAGCUAGGUCCCUAAGAUAGCAUAUUUUCUGUGUUCUCCAGGUACUUGUCUUUGUAAUUUACACACGUAACUUGGUAUAUCUACUACAAUUGAAAAAUUUGUGUUGA